AUAUUUCUAGUAGGAGGGUAAGAGAAAGGGACGGGACCGAGGGUGUCCGCGACACCCGGAGGAGGGAUGCGAGUCCGGCUACACUAUAGAUAAAGCCUGUUGCUGCUGCCACAUUUCAAAGCUCGUCCUCGCAAUUACUUGAUCGGUUACAAUUAAAGAAACGUCGAUUGUCUGUCGUAGUCCAAAGGAUCAGAAUAAGCCUUAGUGAUGUGCUGUGGACAUCAAUCUAGAGAUUAUGGAUAGGCUGACUAAUAAUUGGACUCAUGGUAUGAAUGAAACGUCAUCAACACCGAUACCUGGACAGAACUGUGUCUCAAAUUCAUCAACAUCUUCAGUUUUAGAAAAAUUUCUAGUCAUCGCUCCGUCACUGGUUUCUGUAAACCAAGAACUGAAAUGGAUUUUUCUUUUACACACAUAUGGUUUUGCGUGUCUCUUUUUUGUACUUGCAUUUUAUACAUUUUUAUCUAUUCUACAUUUAAGGUCUCUUAUAUCAAGCCGGCCUUUCAUGUCAACAAUUAAUAUGUUUUUAUGCAUACUUGGGGCUUCAAGAGCAACUUGCCUCUUCAUAGAUCCGUACAAUCUUAAGGAUAUCAUGCCAAAAAUCAUUGGAUCCAUAGUAUGGGACAUUGGAUUCCCUUGUAUAACAUCUGCCUUCAGUCUUAUACAGUUGGCUUUCCUACAGUUAACUCAACUUAAAUUUGGACCACAAAACAUACAAAAAGAAUCUUGUGUAAGCUUAAUCAUAACAGGACACUUUUUCUUCGUGAUUGCUAGUGACAUUGCUCUCACUUCCCCAAAUUGUUAUGUUGUAAUUUAUGUAGUUCAGUCUGUGUUUCUUAUUUGGAGUAUUCUUCUAUAUCUGACAUUCUUACACGCCGGGUAUAAAAUACUUCAGUGGUUGGAAACUGUGCCAAGUAGUAUGUUGGUAAGAGACAAUUCCAAUAACCAUCAGAAAGGUAUCAUGCAAUUGGCAAUGUUAGCGCCUUACAAUAAUUUAGCGUCGUAUGUUGCUCCUGCUUUGGUGCCUACUUUACUCAAUCCUAAAGUUAAAAAUAUAGAAGAAUCAGAACCCGCAACAUUCGUCAUUGAACCGGAGAAAAGUUGUCAAGAUCAACUUGCGAAACCAUCUCAAAAAGAGGAGCAAUUUCAAGUAGAAUCUGACAAAUUUUACAAGAGUCCACUGCGUCAGAUUGAAAAGCCGACACCUGUGUCAACGGUGCCAGAAGUGUACGUCAGACCUCCGACACCAACGCCGUCGGCAGCUAAUUUACCAAUAAUAACGGUGUCCAGUCCGAGUCGUAAAAGCUCUAUAGGCAGCAGGCGAAGUAGCGACGCGUCCAGAUCGUCUCGCAGGAACUCGGAGUGCAGCGUUAGAUUUAUGAACGAUGAAGAUGGUUUUGCGUCAGAGUGUCGCCGAAAUUCUGACUUUAGUCCGAAAUAUUCGCCCGAUAUCGAUCGAAGACGAUCCCCGGACAGAAUGUCCAGAAGACAUUCCGAAAACGUCACGCCUUUGGGAAGUGUCAAAGAUCUGAGACGGUGUUCUGAUUUUUCGCACGAGAAAAACAGGAGUUCUCAGUUCGCGGCUAAACUGAAACGGAACAGCGAUUUCGGGAAUAGAACACCCAGAAGAAUGUUGCCGCCGAACGAACAUUACAAACUAUCCAAAGUUGUGGACUUGAGUCCCGCAGGCUCGAGGCGCAAUUCGGACAUUAGCGGAAUCAUCUCGAAAGCUGAACUACGCCGGAAUUCGGACACUUCUUUUCGGCGUAAUUCCGAAAUGAUUCAAAUCAAGCCGUUAAACUUGAAUCGCCGAAGCAGUGAAAUGAGUAUUAGAACUUUGAGUAGAAGUCCUACGCACGGUCGCAAUAUAGUUCCUGAGAAAAUUGAGGUACAAGAAAAGUCCGAAUCAGACUCAGAUCAGCCUGAUUGUAGCGAGAAAGCAGCUCUGAUGACGGACAAAAGUAAGGACAAAGUGGAUGAUUCGAAAGGGCGUAAGAAAAAUUUAUCUUGGAAAAACGAGAAGGGAAAAGAAGAUGCCGAAGAUAUAACCGUUGAAACGAAUUUGCUUCCUGAAAAUACUACAACCGACGCGAAACUUACGAGUAGCGACUUCACACUUCAUUCGAUAUUAAAUCACAUCGCGUACGUAAACAGAUCUAAAUCUGAUAUACCUUUGCAUAUAUUAGAAGCGAAUACUGCAGCAGCUAGAAGAUCACAAAUUCGAAAAGUAUUAAAUGUCACAUAUAUAACUGCAAUUUUAGGAAUUAUUUUAUGCAUUACAGACAUUGCACGUAUUUUUGGCCCA